UCAAAUGUUUUUUUCAAAAUUUCAGGAGAUGAUGAUGACUACUUUACAUUACUCAAAGAAAUUAUUCAAAACAAAUCAGAUGUUAAGUGCAAUAAUACUCACUUUGAUUCAAUUAAUGGCUUUAUUCAAAAUAUAAUUGAAGAGGUGAAUGAAUUAAUGAAUGUAAUUAAUAACACUGCAAAUAUUUUGAUCAGUGUUAAAAAUCAGAAGAUAUUAAGAACAUGUUACCAAGUAGUAAUUAAUGUUGGAAUUUCAAAUUGCUUAAUUCCUGGCUUGGGAUUACGUUUAAGAUUGGACAAAUCAGGAAAUUUUCUUCCACAAUUGCAAUUGACUGAUGAAGAAAAAUAUAAAAUACUUAUGCAAUGUACAGACUUUCUUCAUAAAAGCUACCAAGUUCCGAUACUAAAAAAUAUAAUUUUAACUUUUCACCUGUCUGACUAUUUAGCAGCCUUAAUACAACUUGCAUUUGCACCUUUAAAAAAGCCUGGAGUAUAUGAGAAUUUUGUAAUGACUGAGGAAAAGUAUAUAAUUCUUAACACUGAGAGAAAGAUUUAUAUUGAAAUAUAUGAAUAUUUAGUCAAAAAUUGUUUUCAACCAUUGCUUAUGAAGGAAUUGCUAGUUUUACAAAAUGUUAAAGAGGUUAAUCCUCCCCUGUUCGUCAAGAGAACAGUAGCCAAAGAAAUGAGCAGACGUCUUAUUUCACCUGGAGGAUUGCUCAGCCUCAUCAGAUGUUUUAUAGAAAGUCAUAACAUUGAUACAGGAGUAGAAUGGACAAAAAUAGAUAUGAUUUGCAAAAUUAUCUGCAAUAAACAUGGCAAUGUUACAGAAAGUGAAUAUCUGAAAAAUAUUUGUAGUCAAUUAAAACAAAUUUUUUCUCUUAAUAACGCCAACUAUUUAACAACUGCUGCAUCUUGUCUGGUCAGUUUAUUUGGGAGAUAUCGAGAAAAUGAUGAUGUCAAUUGUCUCUUGAAAGACAUUCUUCAACCCUUUGAUUAUGAAUCAAUUAUAUCACAACCCUGUGACCCUGGUACUAUAGUUUUAACUUCACAAGAAGUAGACCAAAAAAUAUUAAUAUUACAUGCAUGUGUAUGUAGCACUAAAUCUGAUGUACCAUUUAGGAUUUUGUCUAUCAAUCUGAAUCUUUUAUUAGCAUUAUUUAUGAAAUGCCCCAGUAACAAUCUGAAAAUUAAAUUAAAUGGUAUAAUAAUAAAAAUCCUGGAAAAAAUAGAUAAAGAUGAAGUUUAUAAAACUGUAAAAGAAGUUAUAUAUGACAAGCCAAGACCACUACAUUUAAAUGUAGAAGAAUAUAACAUGGGCCUAAUAUUAAAAUGUGCCAAAGAUGUAAACAUUCCUAUGGAAGAAAAGAUAUCUCUCUUAAUGGAUUUAUUUAAAAACUCUGAAUGUAAAAAAGUAACAGAACAUCUCUUUACAAGUUUUUUACAGCUGCUUAUUGACCUGUUACAAAGUAAAAGAAAUCAGUCACUAUUAAUGUUAGAAGAAGAUCCAAUACUGCUGACCGAGCAACAUGAGAAAUAUGCCGGUCUACUUUUACUUUUAUCUGAAGCUUCAUCAACACAAAAAGCCACACAAAUCUUGAAAACUAACCCGUCAAUAGCUAUUGACUUCGUAGAAAAUUUAUUGAUCAUAGACAAGGAAUCUGAUGAAUGUGUAACUAUAGCUUUAGCAUUACUUAACUCAGUCCUUAAACAUUCAAAUGAAGAAUUUGGACAUAAGCUAAUACAUUUAAUACCAACACUUGAAAAAUUAUCAAUGAGAAAUGAUGAUAAUAGUAUUUUAUGUCGAGAGCUAUUAUCUUCAAUCAAGAGUGUUCCUAAGUCUGAUUCAGCUUAUGACAAAGCUUUAUCAAAUGUAUUUGAUGAGAUUUUACCGGUGAGGGCUCAUGGUAUUAUGGAACUAAGAAAACUAAUUGAUGCUGGCGACACUGAAACUAUUUCAAAGAGGCAUUAUCUGUUUUGCCUGUUCCAGGAACAUUUAAAAGACUUGGACUCCUAUGUGUAUUUAUCUGCAAUCAAUGGAAUAGCAUCACUCGCUACACAUUGCACAGAAGAUGUAUUGGGAGUUCUUUGCAAGGAGUUUCUUCAAGUGUCUACAGAAAAUAUUGAAAUAAGUGAAAAUAAUAAAGCGGAGUUGCGAAUGAAAAUUGGUGAUAUUGUUGUCAAAGUUACGAAACGCCUUGGUGAAUUAUCAAUAAUACACAAGACAAUAUUAUUGAAUACGUUCUUAUGCGGGUGUCGUGAUGAAGACCCCUUGAUAAGAGCCUCCGCUCUUUCCAACCUUGCAGAGAUUGCUUUGGUAUUGCAUUAUAGAGUUGGAACUAUUAUAUAUGAGAUUCUUAUCUGUAUUUGGAGUAUAAUAGAAAGUGAUGACGUAAUCGAAUGUCGUCGUGCAGCUGUCAUGGUCAUAUCGAGUUUACUAAAGGGUUUAGGGCGGGAUACAUUAAUUGAAUUAAAGGACAAUCUGCUACCAAUAUAUAGAGGCUUAAAUAAAAUAUAUAAAAAUGAAAAUGAAGAUUCAAUUGUUAGAUUGCAUUCUCAAAUAGCCCUCGAAGAACUUAACGAUAUUGUCAAGGAAUUUCUCUUCGCUCAAAUACCUAUGCAGCGUGAUAUGCGUAUAAGUGAAUUAAAUGAAAUAAAAUUUAAAUAAUA